AUGGAUGAUAUUAUUGUCACAGGAAGUAAUCCAUCACAUGACUCAGAGUUGGUUCUACAACUUGGGAAUGAGUUUGCUAUGAUAGAUCUUGGCCUUUUACACUUCUUUCUAGGAAUUGAGGUUAAGUAUUUUGAAGGAGGAAUUCACUUAAGUCAAAGCAAGUAUGUUGUUGAGCUGCUUGCCAAGAUAGAGAUGACUUUGGCAAAGGCUGUAGCCACUCCUUUGGCUCAAGAACAUGGUUUGCGUGAAGCUGUGGGAAGUCUUAUAGAUGCCUCCUUGUGCAGAAUGAUAGUAGAGAGCCUUCAAUAUUUGACCCUCACAAGACCUGAUAUCACUCAUGUUGUGAAUUUAGCAAGCCAGUUUAUGCAAAGUCCAAACAUUGAACAUCUUCAAGGGGUAAAAAGGAGUCUCAGGUACAUCAAAGUUAAUCCGGUUAUGCAUGCUAGAACCAAACAUGUUGAAAUGAACUAUCAUUUUGUUCGUGAGAAAAUGGCGAAGGGACAACUUCUUACUCAGUUUGUGAGGUUUAAGGAACAACUAGCUGAUAUUCAUACCAAAGCCUUAACUAAACAGGUUUUUUCUGGGUUUCGCAACAAGCUAGGAGUUAUAGUUCCUCCACUCACUAGCUUGAGGGGAAGUGUUGAAGGAAGCCUGAAGACUGAUGGAACAUGUCGAAGGAACAGGUCCAUCGAAGCAGGUUGA